AUGCAUAUAUUCAACAUUAUUCCCUUUUUCCUAUUGACCGGAGCAACAACUUUUGCGAAACUUCAUUUUCCGGCUGAACAUCAUCUCAGUAAUAUUCGUCAGUUAACAUUUGGCGGACAAAAUGCCGAAGGAUAUUUUAGUUUUGACGGAAAAUGGCUAACAUUUCAAGCAACUGGUAUACCGGAAUACGGCACAUCUUGUGAUCAGAUUUACAAGCUUGAUCUAACUGUCCCACCGGAAAAACAAUUUCCGCAAAGAAUAAGCACAGGUAUCGGAGCCUGUACUUGUUCCUAUUUUUAUCCAGACAAUCGUCACAUGAUCUAUGCGGGAACAUUCCAACAUGCAAAUUUCACCUCAUCAAUGAAUAUUGAAAGUUGCCCGAUGAAAACAUGUCAGACGCAACGUGCUAAAACUGAUCCACGUUUAAGGCAUCUCUGUAAUACAAGUUAUACAUGGGAUCUAUUUCCGGAAUACGAUAUUUUUAAGGUGAACGAGUUUGGUACAGUUAUACAGCGUUUGACCGAUACAGUAGGAUAUGAUGCAGAAGGAGCCGUUUCGCCGGAUGGUCAAAAAAUUGUAUUUACCUCAUUGAGAAGUGGUGAUCCGGAAAUUUGGAUUAUGAAUUCGGAUGGAACAGAACCAAAACAGUUAACGAAUGAACUUGGUUAUGAUGGUGGUCCAUUUUUUAGUCCGGAUGGAUCUAAAAUUGUUUUCCGUGCAUCAAGACCGAAUACCAGUGACGAAAUUCAAACAUACAAAGAUUUACUCUCCUAUAAUUUAGUGUCACCGCUUCAAAUGGAACUUUAUACAAUUAAUAUUGAUGGUAGUGGCUUAAGAAAGGUUACAUCUCUUGGUGGUUCCAAUUGGGCUCCAUUUUAUAUGCCAGAUAAUCAUCAUAUUAUCUUCAGUUCAAAUUUCAAUGAAACUGGUGGACAUUUUGGAGCAUUUAAUUUGUAUAUGAUUAAUGAAGAGGGCGGAAAUGUUGAACGGAUAACUUUCAAUGAAGGUGGAUUUGAUGCUUUUCCGAUGUUUGAUCGAACUGGUCGACGGUUGGUUUGGGGCAGUAGUCGAAAUGGACGAAGUCGAAGUGAAUUAAAUCUUUUUAUUGCUGAUUGGCAUGAUACUUACACGAUGAAAAUUGGAAAUGAUAUAAAGGAAGAAAAUUUGACUUUGCCCAAUUUUUGGGAAAUGGAGAAAAAUUUUCCAAAAAAGAUUGAACAACUCACCAAAGAUGAUAUUAACAUGGCGGGUUCUUUCAGUUUUGAUGAUAAAAGAGUGAUUUAUGAAGGAUAUGGUACUCAUCUUUAUGAUACAGUGUGUGAACAGGUAUUCGAUUUAAGCCUUAUAAGUGCAACACGAAGAAUUCGACGUUUAAGCACAGGUAUCGGCGCUACCCGUUCACCGAUAUAUGUAUCUGAUGGUGAUAUCAUAUUAUAUGCUAGUAAUGUGCUCACUGCUAAUCGUUCUACCUUAAAUAGUUGUCCACGACGAGCAUGUAGCGAUACAAGACAAUCAUGGAUAAAAGAAAUUUGUAAGCUAUCACAUAUCCUGGAUUUAUAUCCGGAUUUUGAACUGAUCAAGGUGAACAAGUAUGGCAAUUUUAUUCAACGUCUAACAAAUACUCCAGGUUAUGAUGGUGAUGCAAGUAUAUCCUCAGACGAAAGACACAUUAUCUUUACUUCGAGAAGGGCUGGUGAUCCCGAUUUGUGGACAAUAGAUAUGAAUGGAAAAAAUGCUAAACAGAUGACAAAAACUACCGGUUAUGAGGGUGGUGCAGCAUUCAGUCCCGAUGGACGAUUUAUUGUUUUUCACGCUUCGCGUCCAAGAUCACCCAUUCAACUUGUCAAAUAUUACUGGUACAAUGCUGUCGAACUCGCUGACACUCAAAUAUUUCUUAUGCAUAGCGAUGGAAGUGGUUUGAGGCAAUUGACAAGAAAUGGAACAAAUUUAUGGCCCACAUUUCUAAGCAAUAAACGAAUUUUAUUUUCCUCCAAUGGUAUUUUAGCCGAUGGUACAUUCAAUAUUUUUGCUGUUAACAUUGAUGGAAGCCAAUUGGAACAGAUUACCACUGAUCGUGAUUAUGACAAUUUUCAUCCUGCAAUUUCUCAUGAUGGAAUGAAAUUGUUGUGGAGCCGAAAUACCACUGAUGACGGACAGAUGAAUUUGUAUCUGGCAUUAAUUGGCAAAAAAUUUGAAACUCAAUAG